AUGGGCCUAGUCAAUGGGCAGAUGCCCUAUACCCCUUAUCCAAGGCAACCACUUCCGAAUGCGGGUAAGAGUGUGAUUAUCACCAAAUUUAACAAUGUACGUCAGGAUAAUGAGUUCCUGGCCGACGAAAUAGAAGAGCAAAAGCAAUGGAACAGCUUACUUGUGCAGUGUAUUACAGACGUGCAGAAAGAAUUAGACACGGUGCAGCAAACCGCUGCUAAUCUCUACAAUGAAUGCCAGUCUCUUGAUGAAACAUAUGAAAGAUUUUCCAAGCAGCUCGAUGAAGAGAAAAGGAAAUUGUCGGAGACUGCGACUAAAAAGAGAAGAAGAAUUUCUGAGAUUAAAGAAGUUGAUGCUGAGUUGGCGGCGACUCUGCGAGAGGAGAAAGACAGAUCUGUUUUGGAAAUCGCGCGUCUCCGUGAUGACGUCAUUGAUGCUGACAUUGACGUCGAUAGUCUAACGAUAAAGUUCCAGUAUGAACUUGGUAAAAUGAUUACAUUUCCUUUCUGGAGGCUGGAAGAGGAAAUUGAUGAAGUCAUUUCUCGCUGGAGCGGAAAGUCCUGUGUUGAGGAAAGCAGCAAAGAGCGAGCUGCUAACACCGUUGGUGGCCAUUUCUAUCAAGAAAGGUUGGCGUCAGGCUCCAAUAAGAGCUCAGGGCGAAACAAGUCGGACGACUGUUUGGAAGGAAGAUCGGCAGAAAAUUCUGCAGAAGAGUCAGAGAUGAGUUCCCGAGAAAGCUCACCAAGUGAUGAAAUAUCAGUUACAUCACAACUAACAGCCAUUAAAGUCAAGAAUUCGGCAGAACAUAGUCUCUCUGUCGUUAAAAGUUUAUCAAUCAGUGAGUCUGUCUCGAGCCAGUCCAAUCCUCCAUCUGCGAAGGAUGGUUGCGUGGAAACUGACUUUGAAUUUGUCGAAGAUUUGUCAUUUGCUCACAAUGAUAAAGCUCCAACUAAACUGGGAAAGAAGAUAAGUUUUUAUCAUUUUGACAUAAGCCUAGUAAUGCAGCUAAAAAAUGGUUCUCAGUUUUAA